UUCUUACACUCUAUUCAACACUGCGCAUCACAGGCCUACGGUAUUGCACUUCUGUAUUCCUCCAUAAGUACUUUGUUCCUGACUGCCCCGAUUCAUAGGCGCCUCUUGCGGACGUUGUUUUCGUCUGACCCUCCUUAACUCGGUCACAGCUGUGCCAACAUUUUAUCCAGCCGUUCAGAAGUCUGUAAUAAUCAAAGUCACAGACCUCUGUCCUCUAUCCACAACAGGAUGGUGCAACGGAACCGAGAACGGGAACAACAAAGCUGGCCACAAUAUGAAUUUCGACCUAUCGUACCCCUCCGCGUCCAUUCAUUCGGAUUUCUUUCCUUCCAAUGUUUCUUUUUACGGCUAUGCGGACUUUGGCGUAUGGAACGUCAGCUACGAGAGCGUUUCUUGUUCUGACUGGGCUGGCUUUCAGGAUGCUGGUGCCUUGGGCAGCACACCCGAGCUGGGUCCCGAAAGUGCUUGCUGCCCUGCCAACCCUACCGGAUCCCCGAACGAUACCUGUCCUUCUUAUUCCGACCGAAAUGGCAUUGCCCCAAAUACCAAGACGAGUUCCACUCCAGCGAUAAUUAUACCCCGGCCCGUUAUUCUCUCCAGUGCUUUGAUUAUUGUCGGAUCUAUAUCAUUAUCCUUUGUGUAAUAUACACUUGUAACUGCUAUAGCUCGUACAACGGACGUAAAUGCAUUAUAUAUGCCAU